UAACCCCUGCAAUAGCUCCUUUCGAAGGGCGGGCUACGUGCACUCAUCAGUCAUAUUCUCCUAAUAGCGAGCCGUGAGCGUGCGAGCAGAAUCUAGGUGCUGUGUUGGCCUGCUUCAGCCGUCCCACGAGCAUUUGCUCUCACCUCAGCAACGUGGCACGGGCCGUUCUCAGCAAUCUGUAGCUGCGUCCAUUGAGUGGGCGUUCGCAAUCCUCGUCGUACGGUCGUCUGCUUUCUUUAGAGCUCUUGCGAACUGAUGCUGGUCUGAACGGGCAGACCACUUAGAAGAGCGACAAACUGCACGACCCGCAAGCUUCAUUCGACAGACAAGCCAAUGGCGGCGGCGCUUUCCGACCGCCGCCCGUCCGCUACAGUCCUCACCCCGCGCUCUAGCGCCGCGCGCAGAGCGCGGAGGCCGCAACGUCGAUGGCUCUCGCCGGCGGGAAGCUGCAGCGUGGUAGCGAGUACAGCGCCCAUGGCCGCCGGCAGUCCCCGACUGACCGCCUCUCGCCAUCACCCUCCGCUCUCACUCGCUCUGCUGCUCGCCGCCCUCGCUCUACUCGCCACCCACCCGCCUGCCCUUGCUGCCGCGCCUGUCGCCCGCAAAGCUAGCGCAGCCCGGCUUGAACCAGCGGAGGCGACGAGCAGAGCAGCGGCGGCGGCGGGGGGCGUGACUGCGACGGCGGCGGCGAGUGACAGCAGCGGGCGGGCGCUGGCGAGUCGGUGGAGUGGCGGGAAGGAGGGCGGUGGUGGACGCGGAGGGAGCGCAGACGGUGAAGGGCGGGCGAGCGCGGAGGAGCCGAGAGUGUACAUCGUCCGCUUCCGCACAGCGCCCCCGGUCACCGCGUAUACCGGCGGAUUCGAGGGCCUCAGCCCCACCGCCGUGCCGUCGCGGGGUCGGAGGGGCGGCAGGACUGGGCGGUAUCGUCUGGAUUCUGGCGACGAGCGCGUGAUGGCGUACUCCCAGCACGUGCAGGCGAUGCAAGACGCAGAGUUGGCACGUGGCGGGGUGGAUGCGAGAACGCAGAAGUUAUACAGUUACACAUUUGCGCUCAACGGCGCAGCAGUGCGCUUGACCCCCGUGCAGGCGGCAGCACUGCGCAGGCAGGCGGGCGUGGGCGCGGUGUCAGCGUCCGCGCGGCUGCAUCCGCGCACCAUGUACACGGCGUCGCUGCUGGGGCUGCGCAACCGCAUGUGGCGGUGGAGGGACCAGCGGGGGAGGGCGCUCCAAGGGGAGGACGUGAUCGUGGGCGUGAUCGACACGGGCGUGUGGCCCGAGAACCCCGCCUUCACUGACCAGGUCUCCCCACCCUAUGGCCCCGUGCCUGCACGGUGGAGGGGGGGGUGCGGUAAGGAGAACGGGGCGGAUUUCCCCCCGGCGCUGUGCAACGGCAAGCUGGUGGGCGCGCGGUUCUUCGCUCGGGGCUUCUUGGCGGGCGAGGCGGUGGACUGGCGCAGGGACUACGCGUCGCCCAGGGACGUCGUGGGGCACGGCACGCACACCGCCAGCACGGCCGCUGGCAACCAGUGGAACCAUGUCGCGAUGGGCAACGUGUCGUUUGGGGCGGCCAGUGGGAUGGCGCCCAGGGCCAGAGUCGCCACGUAUAAGGUGGUGUGGGCGGCGAAGGAUGGCAGCUACAGUGCGGACACGGCGGACGUGGUGGCGGCGAUCGAGGCGGCGAUAGCGGAUGGCGUGGACGUGAUCAGCCAGUCGCUGGGCAAGAUGUUCGCCUCGCCCUUCGACGCCGACGAGAUCGCCUUCCUGCACGCCGCACAGGCGGGCAUAUUCACAGCGGUGGCGGCGGGCAACAUGGGAGGGCAGCUGCUGAGCAUGCUGGACCACCCCAGUCCCUGGUACACCACCGUCGCCGCCAGCAACACUGGAAGGCGCUACAGCACGAAGCUCACCCUCCCAGGCAACCGCACCUUUGUGGGGCUCUCCUUCAUGGGUGCACCACUGAGGAAAGGCACACCGGCUGCAGUGGGACCUGCCAUGUUCCCCCUGGUGGAAGGGGCAACUGCCGUUGCUACAGGCAGAUCCCAAAUGCGGGCGCGCUAUUGCCAGCCCGGGUCCCUGGACCUUUCCAAGGUCAAGGGCGCCAUUCUCAUUUGCCUCCGCCCCAACUCAGAUGACGUGGACCCUGACAGGGCCUCUGACACGCUGGAACUCAGCCACGUGGCAGCAGCUAACGGGGCAGCAGGUGUGGUGAUUAUCAACGAAGCUGCCAAGAUGGGGACGGCUGCUGUGCUGCAUCCGAUCCCGGCAUGCCACCUGGGCGUGUGGGCUAUGCAGCCCCUUCUAGCAUUCGUGCGCAGUCAAAAGAGCCCCCAGGCGUGCAUCUCCCCUGCGCUCGUGGCGUACGGUGACGCCCCCGCCGUGGCGGACUUCUCGUCCACUGGCCCAGUGGAGGACCCAGCAGUGGCGGCAGCACGUGGCUUUGGGCGGCAUCUGAACGACGUGGUGAAGCCAGAUGUGGCAGCGCCGGGGGUAGAGAUAUGGGCCGCCUGGACUCAAUCCGUGAAGCAGGAUUCGCUCAGCAGCAUUGCUCCCGGAGUGGUGAAGCUAGCAGCAUCCGCCUUCAACGUCAACACAGGCACGUCCAUGGCCACCCCUCAUGUGGCCGGCGCAGCAGCUCUCCUCAUACAAGCGCACCCCAGCUGGAGCCCCUUCGCUGUCAAGUCUGCUAUCCUAACCUCCGCCUCAUCACUCACCCGAUUUGGCCGACCCAUCUCAACAGCAUCAGGACACCGAGCCUCACCUUUUGACAUGGGUUCGGGACACUUGACCCCCACAGGUGCGGUGAAUCCAGGAUUGGUGUAUGAUGCCACAUCAGCAGACAUGGUCCGGUUCCUGGUUUCAGUGGAUGAGCGCAAAGCCAGGGCUACAGGUUUGGUUUGGUCCUUACCUCGUGGGCUGGUCCAACAAGCUGUAGCUUCGUACAACCUGAACCAAGCAAACAUUGCGGUGACUGGAUUGAAGGGAGAGGUGGUGGUGACGCGGACUGUGCGAGAUGUGAGUGGAAGGAGGUCCACGUACACGCCGACAGUAGUGGUGCCACAAGGUGUAGCUGUCCGCGUGAUGCCCAAGCUGCUGGUUGUGGAGCCUUGGGCAACAGCAACGUAUAACGUUAGUAUGCAGGUGGAACAACCGUCUCUUUCCUUUGCAUUUGGAAGCCUGGUUUGGAACGAUGGGGUAUACUCUGUUAGGUCUGUCAUGGCUGUCCAAGCGGUUGCGAAAUAGGUUUACGAAGUUGGAUGCACACCAGCUUUCCUUGUUUAAAGCCCUUGGCUAAAAACACAAAGCAGUCGCUCACUUGAAUCUUGUAU